AUGGAAGAAGGCAGAGCAUACACAUGGGAUGGGGUGUUCACUCACCUGGAAAUGCUGGAGGCACAGGCUCAUGAGGCAGGCAAGAAGCAAGAGGAAAAGAAGCAGCAAGAAGAGAAGCUGGCCAGGCUGAAGAAGAGGGUGAAGGAGCUGAGAACCCAGAAGGAUAAACUGCAGGCUAAAGUGGAUCUGCAGCAAAAGGGGCAAACUGGGAGAGAAGGAACCAUGUCAGAUACAACAGAGGCCAGUGCUGGAGCUGUGUUGGAGUGGAAGAUAAGAAGAGUUAAGGACAUGCUGCAGGUCUUUUACCUCACAGGGAUCAGCGGGAAGCUGACCAAGCGGGGAGUGUGUUUCUCCAUCAGCACAGCUUAUGAAGGCACCUACUUGGAUUCCUACUACCUGGACCUUCUCACUAGGCCAGAGGUGCGGAUUCACCACCACUCUGUCCCCACCUUCAUCCCCCUGGAGCAGAUCACCAAGAGGUACUUGCAGACGGACAUCAGGCGCUUCUUGUCCGUCCUGUCUGACCACCUCAACGCUUAUGCUGGCAGGAAGUACCAGGCAGACCAGUUACAGGAACACUUUUCGGAUCAGCUUGAAGGAACCUUGCAGAGGAACUCCCUGUGCAACUUGCUGGUCUUUAAUUACAAGGUGCCAAGAGAAGGCAAGACCUUUCCCUUCAGCGCGAGGCUGAUUUACAGAGAUCUCUGCUGCAGCCUCCCCACUGAAGCUGUGGUUUCCUGCGCUGUGAAAGUUCCUGAGUCUCUAGGACAGACAGCAGCAGCUCACUCAGAGCUGUUUCGCCACGUGGCCCUGCACAAAGCCUUCUGCUCCUUCAACAGUGCUGUAGAAAAGGUGGCUGGAGCACCCUAA